AUGGAAUUCAGCACAAAGACCAAGCAAGAAUAUCUGAACAUUAUCGCUGAUCAAGUUGCCAAUUGGAAUCGUGCUGAUGUUCGCACUGUACCUGGUGUGAUGAUCCAAGUUUGCGUGGGUCAAAAUAAACACGACAACACUAUUGAACAUCAGAUUAACUAUUUUAUGGAUUGUGCAGAGACAUAUGUUCACAAUCAUCGACAUGCAUUCUCCACCUACGGCUUACAAGGUGAAUAUAAAGAGAAAAUUUGGGAGAUUGUUGACGAUAAAAAUGGAGACAUCGUAUAUAAAUUUCCCCGUUUAACAGGAAACGUGUUUGACUCGCCUAUCGUCGUACCAGGUACUCUUCGACAUGUAAAAUCGCGACAUCACUUUCCUGGAAACGAAAUGCACGUUCCAACGCAUCAAUUUCAUUCCAUUGUGCCAACACCGAAUUCAUCCGAUAGGGUGUUGACAUUUCUGACAAAAGCGCAUACUGUAUCAUCGGAUAUGUUUGUACUAAGCACAUCUGCAGAGAUCGAAGCAAGGAAAGACGCGAUUCGACCAGCAACAGAAGAGGAGCGGCAAAGUGUUUUAGAAAAACUUGAGCAAGUUCUCGCUGCACCUCAUCGAUAUGGAUUUUGA